AUGACCCGGCUGAUGUUGGGCCGGACUCUGGAGCGCAUCUGCAAAGGCGUCCUGCUGCUCUGCCUGCUCCACUUCCUCAUCAUGAUGAUCCUGUACUUCGACGUCUACUCACAGCGGUUUGACCUUUUCAGCCGCUUCAACAACGGCAGAAACGGGUCCAGGAUUAACGGGAGCGGAACGGGCAGCGGACAUCAUUAUUACUACUACAACCUUUCGAGACCAAAUGCGACAUCAGCCACCUACCUGGCUGCUGUUGAACAGCUGAUCCCGAGCUUGCAGCCUGAGAACAAUCAGACACCUUCUCCCAAACCGCUGCCACCGUGUCCGGAGAAUCCACCAGGCCUAGUGGGGCGCUUGCUGAUAGAGUUCAGUUCCCAGAUGACAAUGGAAAGACUGCAGAAAGAAAACCCAAACGUCACAGAGGGAGGCCGAUACAAGCCGCCUGACUGCCGGCCGCGAUGGAAGGUUGCCAUCAUUAUCCCAUUCCGUCACAGAGAAAAUCACCUGAAGUACUGGCUCCACUAUCUCCACCCUAUCCUCAGACGGCAGAAGAUUGACUACGGCAUCUACAUCAUCAACCAGCUGGGGGAAGACACAUUCAAUCGGGCAAAGUUGCUGAAUGUUGGCUACACGGAGGCUCUAAAGGACGCCGAGUAUGACUGUUUCAUCUUCAGUGACGUGGAUCUGAUCCCUAUGGACGACCGGAACCUGUAUCACUGUUAUGACCAGCCCAGGCAUUUUGCCAUUGCAAUGGACAAGUUUGGCUUCAGGUUGCCCUAUGCUGGCUACUUUGGAGGAGUUUCGGGGCUCAGUAAAAAGCAGUUUCUAAAAAUCAAUGGCUUUCCAAACGAGUACUGGGGCUGGGGAGGAGAGGAUGACGACAUCUAUAACCGGAUCACUCUCAAUGGGAUGAAGGUGUCCAGGCCAGACGUUCGCAUCGGUCGCUACAGAAUGAUUAAGCAUGAGAGGGACAAACACAACGAGCCAAACCCACAGAGAUUCAACAAAAUACAGAACACAAAGAACACAAUGAAGAAGGAUGGCAUCAGCUCCUUGACCUACAAACUGGUUCAGGUGAAGAAAUAUCCUAUGUACACAAACAUCUCAGUGGAGAUCGGCAAGCCGCCGCCUCGGCCCAUCAAAGGCUAGAGAGAAUAAAAGAGAGAAGGAUCUAAAGUUGAUGCACUUUUACCCGGAUGGGAGAGAAGAAAGGAAGGUGUGGAGAAGAGAAGGAUGAUGUGACUUUCUCUUUUUUUCCAUUUACUUGUUUGAGAUUUCAGCUUGACAAUUUUUACUGGAUUUCACUAGGGAUGCCAGUUGCCACCUGGUAACAGUCAGUGAUGUUAAAAACCUUUGGAAACGGAGUAGGAAUGUCAGCAGCUGACAGAAGGUUGUUGUCAAACUCAAAAGUCGUUCCAUGAACUAUCAUCUGCAAACUGGAGAGCAUCCAGCAACAUAUUGGCAGGAACACCAAACAUGGCUAUUAUGAAACACCUUGCCCUGUUCUGGAAAUGCACACACAAUAACCCAGUCACAAAAAAAACUUCUGUUCGCCACAAUGCUUGACGACAUGAACAGGAUGCAGCUUCCGGUUGGGAAAUGCAUGAAAUUACCAAACAUUUGCAGUGAUGUUUUGCAGGUAACAGAUUACCGCAGGAACAUGAACAUUCAGUGGUUCAGAUGGUUUUUGUUGUCCCCAAGACAUCAUUUUGUCUUGACACAGAACUGUUUCAUGUUGACAUUUCCCUCUGGGAGUUUUCAGUCUGAAUCUCCAAACUCAAACCUUCUGCUAUACAUCUAUGAAUGUUUAACGUGCCUGCAUCUACAGCAGAAGACUCAUGAAAACAGAGCAGCAAUGAACAACUCGGGUGGGGGGGGACUAAUUUUUUCUCUCUUCUUUUAUACAUUUCUGAACUUCAAAACAGAACUGGAAUUUUGUAACAAAAAGACACAAUUAUUUGAAAACUUUUCUUCAGUGUGCAGCCUGGUGGAAGUACUUUGAAACGUGAAAAAAGAAAAACAUACUGACAGCUCGGGUUAUGAGUUCCAGUUUUCGUUUUGUCUUUUAUUUUUGUUUCUGAGCCUUACUGCAGUUUUAAUAGGCUAACUCAUUUUCUUAAGGUGCAAUAUGCUAUAAAGUUUCUUCAACAUUCUGAACUCAUCAAAUUUUGUCAAAAUAAACAUGAAACCUGAGCUGUCAGGUUAUGUUUUACAGUCAAGUAGCAUUGUGGCUAAAAACAUUGCCUUGCAAAUCUUUUACACUGACAGAACUAGCUGAAAAUUAAGUCUUGUGGUUAUUUUUUAAGCCUGCAGUAUAGCCAUGUGGUCUUUUUUAAACAAAUAUCAUCAAAUCUAUAUAGUGUUUAUGAGCCACUUUUGUGUCUAUCUUUUGCAUUCAGUCAUUUAGGAACAUAUCGAAAUGGAGUAAAUUGUUGAAAGGAAAUGUAAAACGUCUCUGGUAAUAUACAGAGCAUUGCAAACAUAUUCAUACUUCCCAUUUUCUUUUUCAUAUUUUGCCACUAGCUUGACGUAAAUUAUUAUGUUAUGUGAUAAACCAACACAGAGUUCAACAUAUUGGAGAAGUGGAAGAAGUGUGAAGUGGUUUUCUGCAAACAAAACUCUGAAAACUGUGAAGUGCAGUUGAAAAUCCCUUACUCUAAUAACCAUAAAAAAAAAUCUUCUCCAGUGUUUAGAAGUAAUCAAAUUAUUAAUCACCUGUGUAAUUUUAUAUUUCAGUAUAAAUGUAGCUGUUCUUUGAAGACUUAAGGUUUUACUUAAAGGAAAUUAGUGGAAAAAUAAGUAAUGAAAUUCAAGGAACACAGCAGACAGGUCAAUUGUGGAGACGUUUUUAAAGGAUUGAGUAUUGUACAAUAGCAAAGCUGAGACAUGGCUGUCUACCUGACUAGCUGGGCGAGGAGAGAACUAAUCAGAAAAGUCAUUUAUUGCUCUUUGAUGCGACUCUAUUCAAGUCGAAGAGUCUGUUGACAAGACAACGAUGAGCACUCAGUGAAUGUAGCCAUUAAGAACAAGCUGUAAAACAAAAGAUAUUGCUGAGAGAAAUCAUCUUGAUCUCAUUUAAUAUUCCCCUCAAGUCAUGUGGGAGGCACAGCAAAUACUGUGGCAGUGCUUUUUCCAGUCAGAUUGCAUUAUAAAACACCUUGCAUCAUCCUGAUUACACCAUGUCUGUUGUGAAACAUGGUGGUGGCAGCAGCAUUCUGUGGGAAUACUUCUCUUCAACAAGGAGAACAAAGUGAAAACUGCAGACUGAAAAAGAGUCGAGUGGAGGUUGACCUUCCAAAUGACCCAAAAGACUUCCAGUUGGAAGUGGGACCAAAUACAGUUGGACUCAACACUUAAGAUAAUGCAACUCAUUAACCUUAACCCUAACCCUGUAAAAAAAAAAAGUUGGUUUAUCACAUAAAAUCUUAAUAAAGAACAUUAAAUUUGUGGGUUCAACAUCAUUAAAAAGUUCAAUGGGUUUGUGUACAUUUGCAAGCCACUGUUUAAACCAGCUGAGCAUUCUGGCUGUGACUUUUAUGGAUUUUGUUCCCAUAUUCAGUAUCAGCCAUAAUAAUCACAUAUUCAUAUCUUGUUCUGCUUAAUCACACCAAUGCAGUUUGUCCUGUAAAGAUGUUUUAGAACAUUUAGUAACAUAAGUUGAACCACUUAAAAGGUAUACACAAUAUUUAAUUCGCUCUUCCAUCAACACUUUAUAGCCUUGGACAGCUUUGUCUCUGAGACAUUGCUCUUCUUCCUUUACGUUUUUAAUUUUUCUCACCUUUCUUGUUUGUCUAUUAAUGCCCACACUUCCAAACUAAUGCCUUGAGAAAUAAUCUGUACUAAUUCAAAGGUCAGACCUGGGAGAAAAAAAGAAAGUCUCUGAGAAAAUCUAAACUAAAGAGGUUGAAGUGAAUUCCCUUAACCGUUAUGCUUUAGCGAAAAUGAUUUCACCUUUUUGGUCAGCCUUGAGGCAAAAUAGGUUUCAAUCUGCUUGGCUCCUCGCCUCAAGCCUGAAUGGUGGACAAUAUAAUUGCUCUUCUUUUCAGAACACACAAUCAGACACGCACACACACAUAAAACACACCCAUUCGCACCAUCUGCCUUUUUUAUGUAUUAUCUCCCUUCUUGCUGCCUUUCCAUUCUUACUCUGCCAGUCUGGGCUGUAUUGUAUCGGUGGCUCACUGUUGUGCUUUGUGAUGGACCCACUUCAGGCACAUCUGGGCCUCACAGGAAGAGUGCUUCUUCUUUCAACAGAUAUCGACAGGAGCUCUCUUUGUCUGUAUCUUUAUUUUGUCUCUAAUCACUGCUUCUCAGCACACAUUCCCACUUGUGAGUCUUUCUAACCCCCACCUGUUUCCUCCUUCUCUCUUCACUGUCCAUUUGGCUCCCUCUUGCCUGGAUUAUGACUCUCAUUGUUUCCAUUUGAUGAGCCGUAUUUCUGGUGCUUUUCUCUUUUCUGACUACAAGUGGCCAACGUGUUUCCUUAUUGAAACUGUUUACAGCAGUAUUACACAUCAGUUCACAUCUGUUGCAUGCUCUGCUUUAUAGUCAUUAUUAAGGAUGGGAGGUCAUAGCAUUUUUAGGGGGUCAGUUUGUAAUACAGAUUCAAUUUUUUGUUGUUUUUUGUGGUUAUAAACGCUGAUAAUGAGAAAGUGCAGCAAUUACAUAGUUUUUUCUCAUGGUCUUAAAGGGGCACUACAGCAAAAGCAGAAAGCUUUUAAAGUUUGGUGACUUCAAGGUCACAUUAUCCAUAUUUUUAAAACCCUAAAGUCUUAAAUCACAUUAUAAAUAUUAAGUGCAAUGACAUUUGGUGCAAUCUUAGUAUUGCAAGUUUUGGUCAGGUGUAUAUAUGCUUAAUAACACAAAAAAUAUAUAACAAAUAUGCAUAAUAAAACACCACACAACUGGAUUUUUUAAAAACUACUCAAAUUGUCAAGAACUGGUCUCAAAAUUGAUCUGUUUACUCUUCAAAGAGCCAUAAAAUUACAAAUUCAUCUACCUUGUAAAGCUGAACUUCAGUGGGCAGCAACAUGUGAGGAAGGAGCUACAGCCAAAGAAAACUUAAGUCACUCUGCCAUUUUCUCUGCCAUCUCAUUGAAAAGAUUUGAAACUAGGAAUGGUGCGACUGAAAAUUUUAGCAAUUUCAAAUUUUGAUAUAAUUUGAUUGCAAUAACCUAUCCUUGCCCAACUGGCUGCAAUCCUGAUUAAAGUUAUACUGGGUUUGCUUUGCUUUGGAACUUAGAUCUGAGAUAGACAUCUCAUCCAGGUGAUGGGCCAAGCUAAUUGUUACGAUCAGCACCUGGCCUACUAUUAGCAGUGCAAAGUGAUAACAUUUGAUCUUCAGUUUUAUGUAUUUAAAUAUGUAAACAAAUAGUCCAACAGCACUAUUUGUCCCACUGGUUUGUUGUGUUACAAACAUUUUAUUCCUGUAUCUUUGACCAAGUUUUACACAUAAAGUGGCCAUAUUGGAUAUUGAACGAGGAGUUGCUCAGAGACCUACAACUUCUGCAGUCAUUUUGUUGAGAUUUUGUAACUUGCAACUUGACUGUUAUUCUCUUUCUUGUUGCAAGUUGAAAAAAGAGUCAGUUGCAUAAUUUUUUGUGUAGUGACCAGGCCUCUGUUCACAAAUCGAAGCUAUGCUAUUUUGGUGUAUUUACACACACACUAUAAACAAAUGGCAGAAAAAAAGAAACAAAAUAUUUUUUUCACUAUGCCUGACAUGAAAUCAGACUGAACUUUUACAUUUUAAGUAAAUUAAGAUUAUCAAAAUUGUUCCUGUUCGAGAAAUGCCAGAUUAAUGAGAAAGAGAAUAGUUAUGAAAUCUUUUAUUUUCUUCAGAGUCUGAAGUUAUGUAUGUCCUUAGUAUUUUAUAGGAUUCUUUUAAACGGUAUGUCAAACAUAUUAGAUAACCUUUCGCAAGCUUCUGAAAGUAAUUUCCUGGCAUUUUGGACCAAACUGAGAUGAGUUUGUUGGCUGUCUUUCUAAACACACCAUUUCAGUUUGAUUUUCUAUGGGACUGACAUCAGGGUUUUGAGAUCGUUGUUCCAAAUCUGACUUUUGUUGCACAUAAGCCAAGUUUUACUAAAUUAGCAGUAUGUCUAUGUUCCUUGUCCCAUUGGAAGAUUUGUGCACAAACUCAAACUUCUUGGCUGAAGUCUAGAGAUGUUGCUUUACUAAUUUCUCAUUAUAUUCUUUUCUCAUGAUCCCAUCGAUUUUGUGAAGUGCACCAGUCCCUCUUGGAGCAAAAGUUGAGAGUUUGCUCUCAGGCUUCCAAGUUUCUCUAUUUGUCAUCCAAAUGUAACUAUGGGCAUUAUAGUCAAACUGUGUUCAUUUUUAAGUAUUGUGAAUGCUGGGCUUUUCCAGGCUAUUCAUACUUCCAUAUAAUUUUUUUGAACAGACAAAUAAUUCAUCGAUGAACAAAACUUCUGGUAGCUCCACAACCAUCUCCCUGAUGUUUCUGCUUAUUUUCUGAUGAUUUUGCUGGGGAAGCAGUGCUUUAAUUGUUGCCUUAAAUUACAUUCACAGAUGUGCCUCCAAUUUACUCAACUGUUGUGAAAUAUCCUUUUAGAAGAUUACAGAGCUAUUACAUCAACUAGGCUUCCCCCAAAAAUUUUUAAAGAAUGCUAACCUCAGUCCCAGUAACCUUCUGACUUUGAAGAAAAUAUUAGAAAUAUUUCUCAAAAUAAUUCUCUCUCUUGUUAUCCUGGCAUUCGUUCAAAUGAUUUUAGUAACUCUAACUGAGCACUCAAAAGUUAAAAUUCAGCAGUCGUAUUGAAUAUGAACCUGGGAGCGCUCAGAGAUCUCAGCUGGAAUUUAGAUUUUUAGACCCAUGCCAUUUAUUUUAGGAUGUACAACUCAGAAAUUCUGACUUCUAAGGUAAAAGUCAAACGCAUCAUCACUCCAGUACUUCCUGACUUCCAUGUCAUGGUAAAAAAAUAAAAUAAAAUAAAAUAAACAUUUCUUAGGAAAGCUGUGAAAACCACAGCAUACAUUCAUGCCGAAUUACAAUCAAAAAUCCAUUCUUCUGCAAAAUUUACAAUAAAAUUGUUUCAAUGCCCCCUUAAAACAAACCGAAUACGAAUCUGAUACACCACUUGAUGCUUUGAUUGGAUUAAUUGUAGGAUGUUAGAUAUGUUCAGUGGAGACAAUAAGUCCACUUGCACUGGACAAAAGACACAAAACCUUUUUUUUUUCUCACUACCUGAAGUUAAAUCAGACCAGACUUCUCUUGUUUUAGGUCAGUUUAGCGAAAAUGAUUUCACCUUUUUGGUCAGCUUUGAUUUUUCUAUAGAAAUCAAAUAGAAAAUGAUUUCUAUUUGAUAAAUGCCAGAAUAAUGAGAGAAAAUAUUUCAGAAAGUAAUUUAAUAUAGUCAUUUAACAAAAUCUGAAUUUACAUAUUAAAUUAUGUAAUUACCAUGUCUUUAAACAAUGAGGGUAGGCCCAGAUGGUGAUAUCAUGGGUUUGGAAACUUGUGAUGGGUUAAACAACACAUUUCAGUAAAUUGGAAGUUCACUCAUGAAUAUAUUAAGGCUAUGCCUAGAAUAGACUGCGUUUUUGUUUGACACAAUGGAAAAGCCACAAAAAAUCAGCCAAGGAAGGAAGUCAGUUAGGAAGAGUAGUAAAAUUACAAGCUUUAUUCCAAGAGAAACAUAAAAAAUAACAGAUUGAAUUUACAAAUGCCAACAGGGACCUUCAUUUUAUGGAAAAUGUCAUAGAACUAAACUGUUUGACCAUAAUGAUAAUCGUUAAAUCUGGAGGAAAGAGGGGGAGGCCUGUAAACCUUCUCUGGUUUACAUGCCACCAUCCCACCUGUGAAGUAUGGGGGUGGCAGCAUGAUGCUGUGGGGCUGUUUUGGUGCAGGAGGAACUGCUGCACUUCAUAAAAUCAAUGCCAUCAUGGGAAACAAACAUUAUGUGAAAAUAUUCACAAACAUUUCAAGACAACAGCCAGGAAGUUAAAGCUAGUGCACAAAUGAGUUGUAAUUAGUAAUUCUAAUUGAACUAAAACAAGAGGAGUUUGGUCUGAAUUAACUUCAGAUAGUGAGAAAAAUAAAAUUGUCUUUUUAUUUUGUGUAUGUGAACUUCUGGUUUCAACUGUAGCUGGUAAGAAGGCCCUAGUGUGUAUAAACUGUACCAUGCUUCACCAAGAUCAGUAACCAACGUAUUUAGCAAAAAAAUUUAUUUGUGGCCUCUGCUUGAGAAUCAAACAGUUGUAUCACACUUCUGGUGGUUAGUGUUUGAAUCCAUCUUCAGAUGCACUCUUUGUUCUUCGACUGCUGACAGCCAACAAGAUCUUCAGGCCUGGAGGCGUUUCUAAAACUUUACUGUACCUAUGGCUUUUUUGUACGUUGAAUGUUGAAAAUGUUAUAUCUUAUAUAGAAUGCAUUAUGUCAUAUCAAACCUACUUUUUCUAUACAAUUAAUAAAUCUGAUGGUAAAGAUUG